UGAAAAUGCAAAACUUAUUGGGAACUUGUGUACCUUCACAUUGAUACAGGUACAAUUCUAUAACUAUCCUUUUCACGAUUGACUUAUAAAACAUUACUCAAAGAAUGAACAAUGUUGCAUAAGAAGGUCAAGAAGAUCUUCCUUGUGACUUCAAUCCCUAACUUUCCCAACUCCAACUCUCUACCAUGUCUUUAGUCCCAUAUUCAUCUCGAGACAGUCGGGAGAUUGUGCUGUAGGUUAUACUCUGUCGUUUUCUUGCAUAGAAUCUAUAGAGUAUCCAGCAGUUAGAAGACACAUACUAACAUCUAGUAUUAUAGUCGCCAUGAUGAUGCCAUCGUCAUUCGAGAUCCCAACACCCAAGAAUUGGCUCUGCGAAGUGCCCCUCCCAGUCUCGCCUUGAAUGAUUGCCCUACAUGUCAUCGACCAUUGCGUACUCCGUCCCCCGAGCGACAACCUACGGCCUCUACUCACGCGAAUACUUUCAUAGCCCCAGAAUACUUUCGCAUGCUUCACGUUGCAAAUAGUGGUUCGAAUAGACAACGGCCCUCCAGUCCGAUUCGCAGGCUCGUACAGCCUGCCUCAACGUCUGCGAAUUAUGUGGAUGAUGCAGAAAAUAAUGUGGAAUUUGUAACGAGUACGCCAGCAGUAGAAAAAGGGCAUACUAUAAAGAAGGAGGCUUUCAGCCCGAACUACUUCGAGAGAUUCUUCACUGAGGAGAAGGAAUUAGGUCGUGGAGGGAAGGGUGUAGUUCUUUUAGUUCGUCAUGAGCUUGACGGGGUGUCCUUAGGUAUGAAAUUGUGAUUACGAACAUAAGAGGCAAGUGCUGAUGGUUCACAGGCCAAUUUGCGUGCAAAAGAGUACCCGUUGGAGAUGAUCAUGCAUGGUUAGAGAAAGGUAUAACAAUCCUUUCCACACCCAAGGUUCUCAUACUAACUUCUACAGUCCUUAUUGAGGUCCAACUUUUGCAAGGACUUUCUCAUCCAAAUCUUGUGUCUUAUCGACAUGUCUGGCUGGAAGAUGUUCAAUUGAAUCGAUUCAGUCCCUCGGUACCAUGCGCUUACAUACUUCAGCAAUAUUGCAAUUCGGGAGACCUACUACGUUAUAUCGCUGGACCUACACCUAAAAUGCAGACCACAAAUGAACAAUUGAAAGAGAAAAUGCGAAGGAGAUCGAAAGGGGGCGCAGAACGACCAGACCUGGGGUCAUCGCAACGAAAGUUACAGUUUGAGGAAAUUUAUUCGUUCUUCAAGGAUAUUACUUCUGGUCUCGCACAUCUACACUCCUCGAACUAUAUUCAUCGCGACCUGAAACCAAGCAACUGCUUGCUCCAUCAAGACGGAAGUGAUAUGCGAUGUCUCAUUAGCGAUUUUGGGGAAGUUCAAGCGGAAAAUGUUGCGAGGAAGUCGACAGGAUCUACGGGCACAAUAUCAUAUUGUGCUCCUGAGGUUUUGAAACAAGAUCAAUUUGGUCGAUAUGGAAAUUUUACCACAAAAUCCGACAUCUUCAGCUUGGGGAUGAUAUUGUAUUUCAUGUGUUUCCGGCGGCUUCCUUACAAGAGUGCAGACAGCUUCGAAGAAGACUUCGAAGACAUGGAUCUACUUCGAGCUGAAAUUAGCACGUGGUCAGGAUUUCAGGAUGAGCGGCGCGAGCGACCAGAAUUGCCAAAUCAGCUAUACAUCUUUCUCAAAAGACUUCUCGCCGUCAACCCUAAUGAUAGACCUAGUGCAAAUGAAAUUUUAGAAGCGAUCAGAACUGAAAGGGGACUACAGAAUCCAACACGCGUACGGCAUGGCAGUGCAUCUGGAAUUCGUGGAAGGAUUCAAGCAAUCGACUCACCCAUGGCACCCUCAACACCUGUCAACGAGCGUGAACCGAAGCGCGUGCGCUCAAGAGCAUACAUGGAAGAUGCUUUAUCUGAGACUUCAUCUCGUUCAUCAUCACCCAAGCCAGAUUCUCAGCUCGCUGUUGGAAUCAGCCGACAUCACAAUUCUGGUCCUAUAUCAAAGCCCUCCAUCACCACCCCACUCUUGAUGCCACCACCCACCACAUUCAUAUCCUCCUUGCUGCAUCGCUUAUCCCUUUACCGUCACUACAGCGAAACAUGGGCUCAACACAACGAGCAAUCUCUUACUCUAUUAGGUAGAGUAUCAAUUUUUCUUUUCAAAGUUUUCAUGAUCACAAAACCAUGUCUAUCUUCUCUAGCAAGACGAUGGAUUUGGUAUCCGCUUGUCAUCAUAGCCGCCGUUGAACUUGGGCUCGGGACAAGAAUAAGUUGGGGCAUAUCUGGUGGUCUUUUGACAUUUCAUUUUACCGUGGUAGAGUUCUUUGAUUGGUUCGGGCCGGGAAUGUGUAAUGGAAGACUGGGGGUGCAUGAGCAUUGGUAUCAGAACGGUUUUUAAAAGGAAAGCUUACCUUUCCUGUGUGAAAAUCAUGGUUAUUGAAAGGAUUAUUUAAAUGCGAGCAAGACAUUUAUUGCAUCUUGAGGUGUAGGGGUUUGAACACACCUACCAGGCAAGGCGUUUGCAUUCAUGGAUGCGACAUGAAACAAGGGAUAUGUAUGAUAUGAGAAAUGGGAAUGUGAUAAUAUAGCAUUAGCAUGAUAGCUUUCGAUGACUAAUAAAUGAUAACUAUUUGAACAACUCUG